AUGCCCGACACUCACAUCCCCUUAACCGGGUACCUCUUUGCCCGCCUCCACCAGCUGGGCAUCCGCAGCGUCCACGGCGUCCCCGGCGACUACAACCUCGUCGCCCUGGACUACGUCACCCCGGCCGGCCUCCGCUGGGUUGGCAAUGCCAACGAGCUCAACGCGGGCUACGCCGCCGACGGAUACGCUCGCAUCGCGGGUCUAUCGGCGCUCUUCACCACCGGGGGCGUCGGGGAACUGUCCACCCUGAACGCAGUCGCAGGCGCCUACUCGGAACGAGCCCCCGUCGUCCACGUUGUCGGCACUCCCCCGACGAGCUUUCAGGACCGCGGCCUCAAUCUGCACCACUCCCUCGGCGACGGCAACCUGCGCGUCUAUGCCUCCAUCUACGAGAAAGUCACCUGCGCGCAGGCCAACCUCCGUGACGCCACGACGGCCCCCCAGAUGAUCGACGACACCCUCCGCCAGUGCCUCCUCCACAGUCGACCCGUCUACAUCGAACUGCCUGCCGACAUGGUCACGGCCCCCGUCCCUGCCUCGCUCCUCGACACCCCCAUCAACACCGCCCGACCCCCCAACGACCCCGACCUCGAAUCCACCCUCAUCCACUCCCUCCUCGAUGAACUCUACUCCGCCCGCCAACCCCUCCUCAUCAUCGACGGCAUGGCCGCCCGCUACCACAUCGAAGACGAGGUCAAUACCCUCGUCCACCAAACCGGCUUCCUCACCACCACCACCGCCUUCGGCAAGGGCAUCGUCCAAGAAUCCCACCCCACCUUCUACGGCGUCUAUACCGGCGCCGCGGGCAACCCGGACUUCAUGCACUGGGUGCAGUCCUGCGACUUGGUCCUGCGCAUCGGCUCCCUCAAGGCCGACUCGAACAGCUACGGCUUCACGGCGCUCACGGACUCGCGCGUGACCAUCGAACUCGACCAGGAUCUCUUCGACUUCCGCGGCACAAAGCACAAUAUGUCCGAUAUCAAGUCCUUCCUGCAGAGCCUGCUCCGCGAAUUCGAGCCCACGAACCUCCAGGCCAGCAAUCGCGGGCUCGAGUUCAUCCCCCCUUCUCCCACAGACCUCGCUCUCUCCCUCCCCGCAGAAGGACCUAUCACUCACGAUCGUUUCUGGACCUACAUCUCCCGCUUCUUCGGCGAGGGAGACACCAUCAUGACUGAAACGGGCACCUCGUACGUCGGCAGCUGCGACUUCAUCCUCCCGGCCAACACGACCGUCGUUAAUUCGGGCAUCUGGCUGAGUAUCGGGUACAUGUUGAGUGCGUGUAGCGGCGCGGCAUUGGCCCAGAAGGAGAUGGUUGCCUCCGGUCUGCGCGGACCCGGUCGGACCAUUCUCUUUGAGGGAGACGGCAGUUUCCAGGUCACGGCCCAGGCUGUCAGUGAUAUCAUUCGGAAUCGCAUCGACGUGACCAUCUUCUUGUUGAAUAAUGAUGGGUAUACCAUUGAGCGAUACAUCCACGGCAUGCAAGCCGAAUACAACGACGUGCAACCCUGGCGAUACCUCGACUCGCCGUGGUACUUUGGCGCCCCCCGCGAUGACCCCGAUUACCCGGUGUUCACGAAACGGGUGACAACCUGGAGCGAGCUGGCUGACGUCCUGGACCAUGAGCAGUUACGCGCCGGAAAGGGCUUCAAUAUGGUUGAGAUUGUCAUGCCCAAGGAGGAUGCCCAUCCUAGGCUGAAGGAGCAGAUGCGUAUCGCUAGUCGGCAGAAUAAUGCCCAGGAGGAGGAGAGGUUAUAGGGAUGUGUUUUGGGGGGUGUUGUUGUGGCGUAUUUGCUUUGUGGUUUGGAUUCAGUUGAGGUGAUGUAAAAGUUUGAUUGAGGUUGGG